AGUGAGAUAUCACUCAGUCACCAGUCGUCCCGUUAUUUUUUCAUUGGUGGUCAGCCUGACAUCAGUAAAUACCGGAGAGGAAUACCGGGAGACCUCAGCUCAGAGGUUUGAUUUAGCGAUGAGGAUUUCCUGUCGGAUGCGGCAAACCGGCAUCAUAAUCUGCAGAUAUUGUAACUGAGAGCUUGGGGUGGUUCUGGAAGAACUCUUAUCUGUAAAUUAAAGCCAUGGGGAAGGAUUACUAUAAGACCCUUGGCAUACCUGCAGGCUCUAAUGAGGAUGAAAUCAAAAAAGCCUACAGGAAGAUGGCCCUAAAGUUUCAUCCAGACAAAAACAAGGAUCCUAAUGCUGAAGAGAAGUUUAAGGAGAUAGCAGAGGCUUAUGAAGUUCUGAGUGACCCAAAGAAGAGAGUGAUCUAUGACCAGUAUGGCGAGGAUGGUUUGAAAACAGGUGGCACAGGCUCAUCUAGUGGACAAGGGACUACAUAUCACUACACCUUCCAUGGUGAUCCACAUGCCACCUUUGCUUCUUUCUUUGGAGGCUCCAACCCCUUCGAUAUAUUCUUUGGCUCUGGACGCCAGCGAGGAACCACUAAUGGCUUUGCAGACCAUGGUGACCAUGACAAGGACAUUGAAAUGGAUGGAGAUGAUGAUCCCUUCAGUUCCUUCAGCCACUUUGGUUUCAAUGGUGUCAACGGUUUUCACCAUGGUGGAGGUCGAAGACAUCGCAAUGAGCCCCUUCAUGGUGGCCGGAGGAAAGUACAGGACCCUCCUGUAGUACAUGAGCUUAGAGUGUCUCUAGAAGAGAUCUUCCACGGAUGUACCAAGCGGAUGCGAAUCACUCGCAGACGACUGAACCCAGAUGGAAGGACAAUGAGGACAGAGGACAAAAUCCUUAACAUUGUCAUCAAGAGAGGCUGGAAGGAAGGGACCAAGAUCACCUUCCCCAGAGAGGGUGAUGAGACACCUGAGAACAUUCCUGCUGAUAUUGCAUUUGUGCUCAAGGACAAAGGGCAUCCACUCUUCAAAAGGGAUGGCUCCAAUAUCAUUUACACAGCCAAGAUUGGUCUUAAGGAGGCUUUGUGUGGCUGCACAGUGAACAUUCCCACCAUUGAAAACCGAGCCAUCACAUUGCCCUGCAACGAUAUCAUCAAACCAGGCACAAUCAAGAGACUGCGUGGAGAAGGCCUACCUUUCCCGAAAAAUCCAUCCCAACGCGGCGAUUUGAUAGUGGAGUUUCAGGUGCGCUUCCCAGACAGAAUACCACCCCAGUCCAGAGAGAUCAUCAAACAGCACCUACCACAGUCCUAGAGGAAGUUCAGUGGAUUCCCUUUAUGCUUACGGUUUUCAAACACACGUUUUCCUUAGAAAUACAGACACUGAAUCAAAGAGGACCAGAGGCUCAUUUGAUAUUUUGUUACAGUUUUAAUUGACUUUCACUGAACAUGUGGAACGCCCAGGACUUUUUUAAAAGUAAUGUUUUAUUAUUUCCCCUCAACAGUUUUUAUUCUCUGUAUCAAGAUAUUGAAGGCAAACAGUUAUAGAGGAAAACAAAAUGACCGAUUUUUUUUUUUUUGGAUGGAAGGUUAAUAUUUUUGGUGCACUGAUGGAGAUGAGGACAAUCCAAAAACAACCGGUUAUUCCGAAAUUGAAUCUGUGUUAUUUUGUAGCAGAUGAAACUCUUUUCCAUUGUAAUAAUCGAUAAGCUUGUUUUGAAUGUUGAUUAUGUAAGACAACUUAAGUGUUGGAGACUUUUGGAUUUUUGAGCACCAGCAGAGCCAUUUGGUAAGGAUGUGAUAUAUUUCCACUCUCUGACCCAUAUCUACAGGUGCUUUCUGCUAGUUUUUGAAGUACCAGGUACUGGCAUUUCUGGUAAUCAUUUAGUGAUGUGAUCAAGGGAUUUUUUAGGUCACAGAAAUUUUGAGUGCCUUACUGAGGCGAGCCAGCUGUUUUAUUUUCAUUAGCAUAGACAAUAGGGUAUUAUCGAAACAAAUACUGUAAUCAGACUAUUUUGCCAUUUCAGUAACCAAAAAUAAUGUAUUGCAGUAAAAUCAUUAAAGGGAUAGUUUACGCCAAAACGAUCAAUCGGUGAUGUAGUCGUUGUCAUGCAACUCAUAACGUCAUUGUUUCCGUGGAACACGCGAGUUAGCUAGCAGAAUGUCCUGGCUGUUUUUCCAGAUGAUGGUGACUGUGGCUGUCAAGCUAUCUCUUACACCUUCCAAGUUGUAUAGCUUUGUGUCAUAAUUGAAACAGACAAAACUUAACUAUUACAUGUGCUGCUGUGUACCUUGCCUCUAGCGGUCAAGAAAUUGUGUGUUGUAGAAUCACCAGCUCUGAUUGUAAAAGAAUGACUAGAAAUGAGAUGAGAAAGUUAAACUUGCUUUUAAAGGUGCAAAAGAGAAAAAAAGUAACAAAAAAUAUAAUCAUCAUAGGCAAUAUCUUAUAUAUCAUAUGUGUAUUCAGUCAUAUUCGUCAAUCCAAGUUAUAUUAUUCAAUGAUUUGGCACAUCACACACGUAUCAGUCAGUCAGUCAUUUUUGUAAGACACUAUAUAUAUGUAGAAAAAACAUGACAGAAAGACAUGGCUGCAAAUAUUUGUAUUUCAAAAGCAAUUAUUAUUUUUCUAAGUAUAAUAAAAGGAAAUGUGCCUUCCAAAAAACAUUCAAUAUAAUAUCAAUGUGUUGUAUAAAGAAAAUAAAAAGGACAUGAGCAAAUAUAAGUAAAGUUUGAGACGAUUGGA